AUGUAUCGCUCCCAGAAGACACUGCCAUAUUUCUCCUCAGUCGUCAAGAACGUCGCGUCCCCGAAUAUCGAGAUCAAGAAGCUUGUCUACAUAUAUCUGCUCCAUCACGCGGAACAAGAGCCAGAUCUUGCGCUAUUGUCCAUAAACACGAUCCAAAAAUCCCUAUCCGACAGCAACCCACAAGUCAGGGCUCUCGCUCUGAAAACCAUGUCUGGGAUCCGGGUACCGGUCAUCAGCCAAAUAGUGUCACUGGCGAUCAAGAAGGGGGCAGGGGACAUGAGUCCCUAUGUUCGUCGGGCGGCAGCUUUGGCUAUCCCCAAGUGCUACCGUUUGGAUCCCAGUCAGCUUCCACAACUUGUCGACUACCUCACCACGCUGCUUGGAGAUAAGCAGUAUUACGUGGCAGGCGCCGCAGUCACUUCGUUCAUGGAAGUGUGUCCUGAGCGUAUAGAUCUUAUACACAAACAUUACCGGUCGUUGGUCAAGAAGAUUGUGGACAUGGACGAAUGGAGCCAGCUUUCAACGUUACGCUUAAUGACCAUUUACGCCCGACAGUGCUUCCCUCGUCGGACAAGAACGGUCAAGGAUCACGAGAAACAGACCUCGGUUAAUUUACAGGACUUUUACGGAGAUGGUGAAGACACAGGCGCUGGAGGAGAGAAAGUUCCCGUCCUAGAUCCGGACCUCGAGCUUUUCCUCAACAGCAUCAAGCCGCUACUGCAAAGUCGAAACUCUGCCGUGGUGACCGCGGUUGCACGCUGUUAUGCAUCCAUCGGCAAUACAGAGUACAUGAAGUCAGCAAUCGGGCCAUUGGUUGCUCUUCUACGCGGGCCUUCGGAUAUACAACAAGUUGCGCUGUAUAACAUCGUAUCUAUCUGCCUGCUCCAUCCUUCAGACUUCGUCAAAUACUCUUCGCACUUUCUUGUUCGCGCAACCGACCCUGCGCCAGUAUGGGAGUUAAAGCUUGAAGUCCUGACCCUCAUCUUUCCUCAUGCUCCUAAACAUGUCAAGUCUCUCAUACUCAACGAACUCGAGCACUUCGCCCGCGGCUCAGAUAAGAAUCUCGUUCGUGAAGCCGUGCGAGCUAUUGGGAGGUGUGCACAAAGCGACCCAGCAACGAGCCCUCGCUGUCUCAGGCUGUUACUAGGUCAAAUUACGAGCUUAGACGGGACGUUGGCAGCGGAGAGCUUGACUGUCAUCAGGCAUUUGAUUCAGCAGGAUCCUACUGCCCACUCUGCUACUGUGGUCCGACUUGCCAAAAAUCUGGAUUCAGCAACAGAUCCUCAAGCAAGGGCAACGAUCAUUUGGCUCGUUGGCGAAUUUUCGGGGCUGAAUGGCGAGGACAACAUCGCUGCUGAUGUUCUGAGGAUAUUGCUGAAGGAGUUUGCGGAGGAGUCUGAAAUCGCAAAGAGACAAAUUGUCCUCCUUGCGGCAAAGGUAUACCUGCAUCAUCUAAACAGAAUAGCAGAGGACACAAAAGGUGAGGAGGGCGACGGUGGACAACCGCCCCUGGAUCAGGCGGAAGCCCAUCCCAUCGGCCGCCUUUGGAACUACGUACUACUAUUGGUGCGCUACGACACCUCCUAUGAUCUUCGGGACCGCACCCGUCUCUACAAGGCACUCCUCGGGGUACCACAAUUGGCGACGCUUAUGCUUCUCGCCCCAAAGCCUGUGCCCCAUGCACCAAGCCCCUCCGAAACGCGUAAAGGGUAUACGCUUGGCUCAGCUGCACUCGUGCUGGCUGGAGGUGGUGGUGUGCAUGGCCUCAGGGGCUAUGAGCCACUACCCGAUUGGGUGGAAGAAGGCCGAGAGCCAGAUCCAAAUCUCAGAGAGGGAGAUGCUUCGAGUGUAGCAUAUGGCGAGAAGCGGACGGUGCCGGCAGCCGAGACCCUCGAUAGCCUCGCAAAAGCGCACCCUGGCAAAACCAAUGGACUGGAAGAAAACGUUGGCGGAAAAUCUCUGGACGACUGGCUAGCUGAGGGAGACGAUGGAGAUGAGGAGGAUGAGAGUGAGGAAUCGGAGGAGGAAGAAACAGACGAAGAAGAGACCGACGAGGAAGAAGAUGAGGAGGAGGACGAGGAUGGGGGAGAACAAGACAGACUUGUUCAGCCGUCCUAG